AUGCCGCCACGCGCGCAGUCCCCCCGCCCUGCCAGCUCCAUCCCCCCAUCCGUUCCCCCGCUCUUCUCCGCGCGCCCCUUCCUGCUCGGCGCGGCCGUCGCGCUGCUGCUCUCGCAGGCGGCGCUCCUCGCGCGCCUCCACAUCCCCGCCGCGCCGUAUCUUCGCGCUGCUGGUGCGGGCGGCUUGGCGGGGGACGUUAGCAGCCCUGGGGAUUUGGGUGACCGCGAGGCCGCUGUGGAGUCGCAGGGCGACGGCAAUCAGUCGCAGGGCGAUGGCGAUCAGUCGCAGCAGCAGUCGCAGGAGAUGGCAGUGCUGCGGAAUGUCACGGAGCUGGCGCAAUGGGCGGCGGAAAUCGCGGACGCGCUGAGGGCAGUGUUCCCCGAAAUGAUGGACCACACCUGCCAUCCUCACUCUCAUCCCUCCUCUCCCUUCUUCCCAUCCCUCCCCCCCUUCUCCUCCUCCUUCACCAACCCCCCCUCCCCUCUCCCUGCAUGCAUGCAGACCCACCUGCCCCAGCUGGCACCUGUGCCAUACCGCAGCAGAGGGACCUCCGCCCAUCCAUCCUCCACCUCUCUCACCAUCCUCUCCCUCCCGCGCUCCUUCCGCCGCACCCACUGCUCCACUGCGACUGCACUGCUCCCACCCGCACUGCCCAUUGACACCACACAUACCAGCAGCAGCAGCAGCAGCAGCAGCAGAACAGCUACACAAGGCAGCAAGCUUAACCCCGUUGACCCCGUUGACCCCGUUAACAGCACUGACCCCAUUGACCGAGUUGACGACGUUGACCUGUACGAUGCGGCCGGCCGUGCCAGGCUGGCUCGGGUGCUCAUCGCCCUGCACCAGUCCUCCUCCUCCACGUGGCUCCCUCCCUGGCUCUCCCACCUCCUGCCCACAUGGCUGCCUCCCAUUGGCCGCAGCAGAUCUCCCUCCACGCACAGCUAUUGGCUGGGCAAGCUGGCAGAAGAAUGGGCGGCACAGGGGGGAGAGGGAAGGGGGAGGGGAGGAGGAGUAAGGGGAGGCGGAGCAAGAGGGGCGAUUGACCUUGGGGUGGAGGGGAGGUUGGCGGUGGGGCUGGGGCAGAGCAGGCCGGGCAGUCAGAAAAGUCAAGCGAGUCAAGGCAGUGAAGGCAUUCCGGCGGUGCAUGGCAGGAAGGGGUCAGCAGCAAGCAGGGGGAGUGGGUGGUGGGGCGUCACGUGGAACAGCAGGACGAGUGCAGGGAAGGUCUUGAUGGGCAGGGGAGGCAAGGACGGGGAUGGGAGAGGCAGGGAGGGCGAGGGACGGCAGUGGAAGUACUUCCUCUCAGCCAUGGCCUUCAACCGCGCUGCUGCUGCCUCUGCUGGCAGCGGUUCAGAGCGGUGUCAGGCUGCAGUUUUCGCCAUCUUCCAGUGGAUAGAGUACAUGCGCUACGCAGGCACGGAGCACAUCUAUUGGUACGACUGUGCUGCCAGGGAGGCGGAGAGCCAGGAGGCCGUCCUCUCGGUGUACACCCACGCAGGGCUGCUGACGUACCACCGCCUGCACCAGAUAACGCCUCCCCCUGCUGGCGCUGAUUACCACUUUGACCAGGACUCCUCGCUCUCCCACUUCCUGCAGCACCACGGCCAUGAGUCCAAGUGGGUGGCCUUUGCUGACGUGGACGAGUACAUCUUCAUGCUGCCCGACACCCGCCCGGGCUUCCUCACACGCCUCCUGCUGCGCCGCCCAUGCGCCGCCCAACACUCCGCUCCUGGUGCUGCUGGCAGGGCAGGAAGAGGGAGGAGAGAGGAGGGCGAGGCACAACAGGAUGACCAGCAGGAGGCAACGCAGCUCCUGCUAUACAACCAGUUCUUCAUAGGCUACCCACGCCCUCCCCCUGCACGCCUCACUAUAGAGCGAUUCAUCCACCGCCCGCACCGCCCGCCCGACCACCAUGACCGCCUGCGAGGCAAGAUGCUGCUGCAGCCCGCAGCUGCCCUCGGGUUCCUCUCCCACGCGCCCCACCGCGCUCUCAUGCACUCUGGAGAGACCAUAGUGGCUGAUCCUGGGCUCAUUCGUGUGAAUCACUACUGGGGUGAUAGGGGGUUAUCGGCGAAUGCGAGUGAGAGGGAGAGGGAGGAGCUGGAGGAUGGGUCGGUGGAUGAUAGGAGCAUGCAGGUUAUAGCGGAUGUGAUUAAAAGGAGGUUGAGAUGGGUGGUGCCGGUGCUACCCGUGCUGUGUGAGAGGCAGGCUGUGGUUGGUGCUAUGAUGGAAGCUCAGAGGUUGGCAGAUGUGCUGCUGCAAUCUGUGCAGAUGGAAAAUGGAUGA